AGCAGGAGCGCGGGGACGGCGGCGCCUCCUCCGCCACCAAACUCCCGGGGCUCAGUGGGGGCUUGGGGCCACCUCCUCCUUAGCCUGGAGGAACCCCCUCUCGAUAGGUUUCAGCCUGAUUUUCUCCCCCUUUUUCUUCUUCCUCUUCCUCUUUUUUUUUUUUUAAACACAUUUUUCCUGGCUUCAGACCUUAGACUGCUGCCGCCCGAACCUUUCCAGGGCUCUGCUCUUUGCAAAGGGCUGCCCAUCCCUCCGGCUGCUAGAAAGGACGCGCGCCCUGCGUCGGGCGAAGAAAAGAAGAAAAACUUGUCGGAGGGGUUUCGCCAGCCCACAAGUCACCCCCUUCCCUCAAACCUAAACCUCCCGCCGGGGCCAUCCCACGACUGAGGAAAGUUCCUUCAGAGCCGACAGCCUUCUCGGAUGUGGAGGAGGCAGCAGCGCUGGCUGUGGAAUUAGAUCUGUUUUGAACCCAGUGGAGCGCAUCGCGGGGGCUCGGAAGUCACAGUCUGCGGGCACCGGGGCGGCGCUGCCACUGUAGGGAGCCGGCAGUUGGCGAGCCCCGGCUGCAAGUGGCCUUUCUUCCCCGCAGUUGUUCAGUGUCGAGUGAGGGCUGCGAGUGUGGCAAGUUGCAAAGAGAGCCCCGGAGGUCCAGAGAGGGCUGCGCUCCUGCUCGCACUCCCUUCUUCCUCUUCUCGCCUCGGGUGUGAAAUCCCAGCGAAAUUUACCGAGGCCUCCCACCGAGACCGCUGGGCAGCGCUCCGCCCUGUCGCCCCUGUUCCCAGCGGGAGCCCUAGAGAACCGGGCGCUGGGGAAGGACUGGCGGGGCAGGGGAGGGAGGUGGCGACGGCGGCAUGGCGAGGUUCCCGAGGGCCGACCUGGCCGCUGCAGGAGUUGUGUUACUUUGCCACUUUUUAAUGAACGGGUUUCAGUUCGUCGAAGGGAAGCCCGGAAACCAAAUCAAUGACUGGCAGUAUGACGUGGCUCAGGCCUUCCCUCAAACAGAAGAAGAGGUGACGGUGGAUUUGCACUCGCACAGCCACAGGUGGAAAAGGAACUCGGACCCUCUCAAGGCGGUAGACACGAACCGAGCAAGCAUGGGCCAAGACUCUCCAGAGCCAAGAGGCUUCACGGACCUGCUACUGGACGACGGGCAGGACAACACCACCCAGAUUGAGGAGGACACAGACCACAAUUACUAUAUAUCUCGGAUAUAUGGUCCAUCUGAUUCUGCCAGCCGGGAUUUGUGGGUGAACAUAGACCAAAUGGAAAAAGAUAAAGUGAAGAUUCAUGGAAUAUUGUCCAACACUCAUCGGCAAGCUGCAAGAGUGAAUCUGUCCUUCGAUUUUCCAUUUUAUGGCCAUUUCCUACGUGAAAUCACUGUGGCAACUGGAGGUUUCAUAUACACUGGAGAAGUUGUACAUCGAAUGCUAACAGCCACACAGUACAUCGCACCUUUAAUGGCAAAUUUCGAUCCCAGUGUAUCCAGAAAUUCAACAGUCAGAUAUUUUGAUAAUGGCACAGCACUUGUUGUUCAGUGGGAUCAUGUACAUCUCCAGGAUAAUUACAACCUAGGAAGCUUCACAUUCCAGGCAACCCUCCUCAUGGAUGGACGUAUCAUCUUCGGAUACAAAGAAAUUCCUGUGUUGGUCACACAGAUAAGUUCGACCAAUCACCCAGUGAAAGUGGGGCUGUCUGAUGCAUUUGUCGUUGUCCACAGGAUCCAACAAAUUCCCAAUGUUCGAAGAAGAACAAUUUAUGAAUACCACCGAGUAGAGCUACAAAUGUCAAAAAUUACCAAUAUUUCAGCUGUGGAGAUGACCCCAUUACCGACAUGUCUCCAGUUUAAUGGUUGUGGCCCCUGCAUAUCCUCUCAGAUCGGCUUCAACUGCAGUUGGUGUAGUAAACUUCAAAGAUGUUCCAGUGGAUUUGAUCGCCAUCGGCAGGACUGGGUGGACAGUGGAUGCCCUGAAGAGUCAAAAGAGAAGAUGUGUGAGAAUACAGAACCAGUGGAAACUUCUUCUCAAACCACCACAACCAUUCGAGCGACGACCACACAAUUCAGGGUCUUAACCACCACCAGGAGAGCAGCGACAUCCCAGCUGCCCACCAGCCUCCCCACAGAAGAUGAUACCAAGAUAGCACUACAUCUAAAAGAUAAUGGAGCGUCUACAGAUGACAGUGCAGCCGAGAAGAAAGGGGGAACCCUCCACGCUGGCCUCAUUGUUGGGAUUCUCAUCCUGGUCCUCAUUAUCGCCGCAGCCAUCCUUGUGACAGUCUAUAUGUAUCACCACCCAACGUCAGCAGCCAGCAUCUUCUUCAUUGAGAGACGCCCAAGCAGAUGGCCUGCAAUGAAGUUUCGAAGAGGUUCUGGACAUCCUGCCUAUGCUGAAGUUGAACCAGUUGGCGAGAAAGAAGGUUUUAUUGUAUCAGAGCAGUGCUAAAAUUUCUAGGACAGAACAGCACCAGUACUGGUUUACAGGUGUUAAAACUAAAAUUUUGCCUAUACCUUUAAGACAAACAAACAAACGCAUACACACAAAGGAGCCCUAAGCUGCUGUAGCCUGAAGGAAACAAGAUUUCUGGACAAGCCCAGCCUAAGAAGGGUAAAAGAAAAACCUAAAGCUUAUACAAGAUACCAUUUACACUGAACACAGAAUUCCCUAGUGGAAUGAUACCUAUAGUUCACUUGGAACAUCUCCUGUGGACUUAUCUGAGGUAUGACAAGAUUAUAAUGCUUUUGGCUUAGGUGCAGGGUUGCAAAGGGAUUGAGAAAAAAUAAUAAUAAAGCUUUAGUUCAUGAGGGAUCUAUACCUUUGGUUCAAAUGUUCUUCUCUGAUGUCUCAAAGGUAACUGUUCCAAAGCCUGAACUCUUUCACUCAAAAGAGGAUUGAUGAAUGUUUCAAGACGGCUGAGAAAAACCACUCAUGCAGGAGCAAAAACAAACACAAAAUAAGAGUAUUUCUAUCUUUUCCAAACAGAUGUGUGGCAAAAGGACUCUGUUUUUCUGGUCUAGAUCCAUCUGUAUCAACAAGUUGCAUUACUUUACAGGAUGAAUCUUUUAUCUGUACAGGAGGUUCAAACUAUGUCUGCCUCUUCCUUGAUAAUGAAUGCCCUUUCUAUAAGCAUUUGGAAAUUUCUGAAAUUUCCAAACUUUUAACUAACAAUUAGGGAAGAGGGAGUGGCCAGUGAGGCUUUCCGUUCUCCUGCCUCAGAAUAAAACAUCUGAUUUGUUUAAAGAAGCAUUGCCUCCACUUCCCAACUGUGAAGUCCCAUGAAGCCACACUUGUUCUUGGCUGAUGGAAACAAAAGGAAUCAGUAUGAAGAGUUCCUUAAUCAUUUUUGAAACAAAAAUGUUAAGGGAUUUUUAACAUUUUUUUUAUUUUAUGCUAUUUCAGUACUAGAGACCCAUUUCAUUGUCAAUUCCUGUCUAAGAAGCCAUUCAAGUCAGCAUGGCGAUAAAAAAAAGAAAAAUGAAAGAACCCUGCUGAAUCAUCCAGUAAUUUUCUUUAAAGCACAUAGUAGUUACAUAAAUAUAUAUAUAAAUAUAUUUUUGUUUAUAACUAACACAAGGCAGGCUCUUGUGAUUCUAAGAGUGCAUUUUGUCAUCAAGACAAAACAAAUGCAAGAUGCAUCACUGCAUUACUUCCAUAGAGUUGUAAAAUAAUCCUUAAUAUUAGAAUAUUUUUAUGUCACUUAGCAAAAGUGGUUCAAUUAAUUGCAGUGCCCAUGAUUUUCCUGCCUAUUUGAUCCACUUUUUCAUUCAUGUCAAUACCCUCCCUCCCUGGCUCGAUAAAGCAGGUGCAAAAAGCUCCUU